AGAAAUAGUUCUGUUAGCACAAGCAACAUUAACAGGCUUAGAGUGACAGACUCGCACCUGAUUGGAUUUUCUUUAUUUUGCCGCUUGGUCAUGGCGCCACUUUGCUGAAAUAGAUAGACCUGCAUUCUUCUGACGGGCAUACCUUUACGCGCUAAACUCCAUAGUUAAUUGGAGAGGGUUAAAAGGUUAAUGUUGGUUUCUUUUCUCUGGUUGCCCGCUUAGAUAAGCGCUACAGGUAUGUAUUCACUCUGGUGCGGCUUGUUAUGCUUUUGCGCGCUCGGCUGUGGGAAACUAACACGCGCCCAGGCGGACGAUGGAAAGCGGUACAUCUGCCGGGCGGUACCCAUCACCGGGGACGCCAGUUGUCCUGUGACAUUAUUGCCCGAUCUGAACGUCGGGGGUCAAGAAGAGGAGCUCAGAAACACAGUCAUGCAACUUCGAGAAACAAUUUUGCAGCAGAAGGAAACGAUUUCCAAGCAACUGGGCACCAUCAACGAGUUAACCACAAAGCUGUCGCUCUGCGCCUCGACCACCACCGACAGGAAGUACGGCAAAGCGGGCUCGUGGGGAAAAGACAAGCAGAACACAAUGGGAGACGUCCCCAGAGAUCCGAAUGACUCCAUCGACAGUCUUGGGAAAACCAUGCAAGGACUCAAGGACCGCCUGGAGAACCUGGAGCAACAGCAAAUGCGGGCCAACAUUUCCGGCGCUUCGUUCCCCAGUGAGCUCCGUGACCUGCUGCAACGUCGGCUGGGGGAGCUGGAAAAGCAGCUCCUGAAGAAGGUGAGCAACCUGGAGGAGGAGAAGAGCAUGCUGUCCAACGCCACGGCGGCCUACAGGCUGAAGACGGAGAGCACCCUGAACGCACUGGUGGAGAGGAUCAGUGAGCUGGAGAAAGGGGGAGGAGAUUUCAAAUCCCCAGAGCAGUUUAAGCUGUCCCUUCCGCAGCGGACCAACUACCUGUACGGCCGCUUCACCAAGAGCCUCCCGGAGAUGUACGCCUUCACACUCUGCAUGUGGAUUAAGUCCAGCGCCAGCCCUGGCAUCGGGACGCCUUUCUCCUACGGCGUACCGGGCCAAGCCAAUGAGAUUGUGCUGAUCGAGUGGGGCAACAAUCCAAUCGAGCUGCUCAUUAACGAUAAGGCAAGCCACAGGAGUGUGGCUCAGCUGCCCCUGGAGGUGCGCGACGGGAAGUGGCACCACAUCUGCAUCUCGUGGACCACACGGGACGGCCAGUGGGAGGCCUACCAGGAUGGAGAGAAGCUGGGAGCUGGGGAAAACCUCGCGGCCUGGCACCCCAUCAAACCCGGUGGAGUUGUCAUCCUGGGACAGGAGCAGGAUGUGGUAGGUGGGCGCUUUGACGCCGGACAGGCUUUCGUGGGCGAGCUGAGUCAGGUGAACAUUUGGGACCGUACUCUGAAGCCGGUGGAGAUCCAGUCCAUGGCAAACUGCAGCACCUACAUACCCGGAAACGUCAUCUCCUGGCUCGCGACCAACGUGGAGGUCUUUGGGAGGGGGGCCUUCAAACGGCCCCUGGAGAUGUGUCUGGAGCGCCUGCCCAACGCGUAAAACCCACCCGUGUACCUUUUAUUCGGUUAGUUUGUGUUUUCCGUCCCGUUAAGUAUCGCUCUCUUGCAAAGCCUGCUGCGAGAACCCAUAUUUGCUGCUCUGAGGAAGAGAUAUGUGACGAAGCUCGUGUGUGUGUGUGUGGAUCAGCAAAGGCUUCAUGGGAUUUUUUUCCGUCACAUGUCUGUAUUGGAGUAGACAGUUGUUUACUUGCCACUGUUUUCUCGGCCUAAUAGCUUCCGUUUCGCUCCCCGCGUCACCGCUUACGCUGCAGUCAGACUUGUUGCGUAUCUUCCUCCUGGACAUGAUUCUAUUUUGAUUCUCCGCUCUGCAUUCCUCCGAUUGGUCCGUCUUCUCGUUCAGACAGACAUCUACCUAGUUCCCCAGAAGAUGACACACUGUUGUGUUGGCUUUCAUUGUCCCUCAUUUUACUGCCUCCCAGUGAAUGUUUUGGGUGGAUUGUGAGUCACAUUGUUCGACUGAGAACAUUGUGAGAAAGUAAACAAAUGGUCUAAUAGACUAUGGAUGUUUUGUUUUUUUUAAAGUACAAUGCAUCAUAUGCUGUUCCUCCAAACUAGUUUGAAGUUCAACUAAAAUUGGCUUCUUUUUUGUCCCUCGUAGCCAAUAGCUUGGCUCGGCUAUCAAAAUUCAUCCUGCUUAUUGAUGUGUCAUUUAACUACACCUAUUUUAAGCUUUACUGUCUUUACCAACUUCCCUCUACUUCAACAUUGUUUCUCAUCAUUCUUAAGAGAAAAAUUGAGGUUGCAAUAGAUGUAGAGUAUAUGUUCAUGAAUAGGUUUACAUUUUGUAUACAAUUACUCUAAAGUGAGUCGUUCCAGCUCAUACGUUUUAUUGCAGAUUAUGUCAUGUAGCGUGAACACAGUCCAACCGAGACAACAACCAAAGAUAAGUUGCUAUCUCACUGUUCACGACCAUAGAUUGUGAGAAAACUGCAUUACGGAUAGUAGGACAGUCUGUAUAUUCCAAGUGAGAUCAGGUUGGUUUGAAGGCAACAAAGGGAAAAUGGCUUAAGAGGAGCAACAAAGGAAGGGAAGGAAAGGAAGACACAAACCCAUUGUGAAGAUUUCUCCAUCUCUUUACAGUUAAACUACUAAAAACAGAACCUUCUGCACACUUGGCAAGUGAACUGGUUUUGCAUGAGUAUGGUGAGAUCUAAGUCUAAAAAAUGGCAAUUCUUCUCCCAAAAUUCUCUAAUUCUGACACAUCUGAUCAUUUUAAAGGAAUUGUUGGUUUCAAUACUGUGUUUAGUGCAUCUUCUGAUUUAUUUGAAAUUGUGCUGAUUUAGUGGGAAAGCACACAUGCAUAUGUUUUAAUGCAUAAACAUGCAUUUUCUGGCCUUUUUUUCUACAGAUCACAAUGUUUAAAUCAUUCAGUCUUUUGAAAAAUACAAAUGUUUUUAUUAUUGAUUUGUGAAAUAUCUGUGUGGCAUCCCAUCAAGUGCAAACAGAGGAGCGACCCAUGAAACAAACCCAUCACAAAAACUAUUUCCUUUUCCUGUGAUAUUAUGUAUGGUUUUCUGUUUAAGCUCUUUUAAGCUUUUAGUACAUGUAUGAGGCAUGGUCAAUCUUGUUCUGUGGCCUUCUUAUAAUUGCUUAAGUGCCAUUCGGUGUGCUUUUUUUAUGUGCUGGAAAUGAUUACCGUAGCUUUAUUAAUGUAUGAAUAAAGAAAAGAAAAUAAAGAAAACGGCUGUUG